UUUCCUCUUUUCCUUUCUCACUUUCACAGUGACACCUCCACGCACCUGACAUACCCGUUCAUCCCCAAAUUUUGCCUUCUCGGACCAUUGACCAUCAUGGAGGCCCUUCUCCGUCAGUCGAGGACCAUGUGCCCGUUCCUUCAUAAGACGUCCCCCGCCACACUUCGCUCGCUCUCCACUACCGCCGCCAGCCACGAUGUCUCCCCCGGUGCUGGAAGCAUGUCGAGCCUCCAGGUGCUCGGCAAGCGCUGCCCCAUCAUGGGAAAGGCACUUGCCGUCCAGAGCGCUCGUACCGGCAACAGCGCCCUCGCUGGUGCUUUCGGUGGAGUGCGCGCCUACCACACCCGUGUCAACCGCGCCAAGUUGCAUACGACUGCGCACAAGGAGGCUCACGUUGAGACUGAGCGUGUUCGUGGCCAGCAAGGCUCGAUCCCCUUCCCUCCUGCAGCGCAGAAGCUAGCGACCGACAGACCUGCAAAUGUCGGCAAGGCUCAGGGUGCUAAGGCCGCACACUUCAAUUACGAGGCGUACUACCAGAGCGAAUUAGACAAGAAGCACAAGGACAAAUCAUACCGCUAUUUCAACAACAUCAACCGACUGGCCAAGGAAUUCCCUCGCGCUCACAAGGAAUCGCUGGAGGACAAGGUCACCGUAUGGUGCUCGAAUGACUACCUCGGCAUGGGCCGUAACCCGGCCGUGCUGAAGUCGAUGCACGAGACCUUGGACAACUACGGAGCUGGCGCUGGAGGUACCAGAAACAUUUCCGGUCACAACCAGCAUGCGGUGGGGUUGGAAGACACCAUUGCGAAGCUGCACUCGAAGGAGGCUGCUCUAGUUUUCUCUUCGUGCUAUGUCGCGAACGACACCACUCUUGCAACCCUCGGCAGCAAGAUGCCCAACUGCGUCUUUCUGUCGGACAGCCUGAACCACGCCUCGAUGAUCCAGGGUAUCCGUCACUCUGGUGCAAAGAGGAUGGUUUUCAAGCACAACGAUGUCGCUGAUCUCGAGGCUAAGCUGGCUUCGAUCCCCGCCGAAUAUCCCAAGAUCAUUGCUUUCGAGAGUGUAUACAGCAUGUGCGGCUCUAUCGGCCCCAUUGAGGAGAUUUGCGACCUUGCAGAGAAGUACGGCGCAAUCACGUUCUUAGAUGAGGUGCACGCCGUUGGCAUGUACGGAUCUCACGGUGCCGGUGUCGCAGAGCACCUCGAUUAUGAAGCCCACAAGGCCGGCAAGCCCCAAGGCACAAUCAUGGACCGCAUUGAUAUAAUCACCGGGACGCUUGCAAAGGCUUACGGCUGUGUUGGCGGCUACAUUGCCGGUUCUGCCAAGUUUGUCGACACUAUCAGGUCCCUUGCGCCUGGCUUCAUCUUCACCACCUCGCUCCCACCUGCGACCAUGGCCGGCGCAAAGGCUGCGAUCGAGUACCAAUCGAACUACCCGGGUGACAGGCGCCUCCAGCAGCUGCACACCCGUGCGGUCAAGGACGAGUUGAACGCUCGCGAUAUUCCGGUUAUUCCCAACCCUAGCCACAUCGUGCCCGUUUUGGUUGGAAACGCCGAGAUUGCGAAGAAGGCAUCUGAUCUGCUCCUCGAGGAUUGGGGCAUUUACGUUCAGGCGAUCAACUACCCCACCGUUCCUGUCGGCCAGGAGCGUCUCCGUGUCACGCCUACUCCCGGUCACGUACGCGAGUACCGCGAGCAUCUGGUCGAGGCUUUCGAUGCCGUCUGGAAGCAGCUGGGCAUCAAGCGCACCAGUGAGUGGGCUGCUGAGGGUGGCUUCAUCGGCGUUGGCGAGGCUGGUAAGGCCGAGGAGCUCCCUCUGUGGACUGACGAGCAGCUCGGCAUUGAUACUGUCCUGAAGGAGAUGAAGGCUGGCCAGGGUGCUGUUGGUGUCCUGGAGGCUGUUCUUGAGAACGAGCGCAAGGCCACAGCUCAGGCUGUCAGUGCUGCUGCUUAAGCGUGCACAGCUGAGUAGUCAACAUUGGGUUGGGUCUGGUCGCUCCUUCACUUUUGAGACCUAGGAUAGUUUCGCGAUUCUGGCAGUCGAAUUGAUUCUCUAUCUUCCUGCCAAACACAUUCUCCCACUUGUACUAGACGUGAUUAGUGUUUACCCUGUGACAAC